CACGUAAUCCAGGCCACGUUUGUCGCGCGCUCCUUUUUGGUUACAUUGUAUCAAUCUUGCAACCCUAAAGGAUACAAACGGACAUCAAAAUACAGUGUAUUUGAGACACAUCGGGAAUGUGAAAACGCGGGAUAGUGGCGGGUUUUGCAGCAGGGACUAUGCAAGAGAAAUACAGGGGGUGAACGCGGAGCCCGAAGAGCUCGGUCGGCCGAUGUUUUUCAAUUCCCAGCCUGUGAUGGCUGCAGUCCAGUAAACUGGCCUUUCCCAUUUUUCCCCUUCAGUUGGAUUUCGUUUGGCAUUCAUUCCAAGUGAUUUCACCACGACUCUGCUGGAUUUUUUUUUGGUAUCGUUCAGUUUCUAUGGAGUGUACUUAAAUAUCCUCCGAGGAUCGGGGUCUGAAAAUGGGGAAGGCAGGACUGGAAAGAUCUGUUGCUUGGCAGUACCAUGAGUGAUAAAGAAGCCAAAGAGGCAAACCACAUGGGUAGCCAGGAUGGAUAUAUUGAGACCCUAAGGCAGCCUCCCUGCCCAUUACCAGACAAGGCACUGGACCUUAUUUUGGCAAGUCCGGGCUGGUGCCAAUAAGAUGUCCCUAAGCAGUGGCACUGCAGGCGGGAAAGGUGUGGACUCAAAUGCGGUAGACACUUACGACAGUGGUGAUGAGUGGGACAUCGGCGUGGGAAAUCUGAUUAUUGAUCUUGACGCUGACCUAGAGAAAGACCAGCAGAAACUGGAGAUGUCGGGGGCUAAGGAAGGAGGGGGAAUAGCAGCAACUCCUAGCGCUGUGGCGGCUCUGCCUGACAACAUUAAGUUUGUCAGUCCUGUGCCUACCCCACAAAGCAAAGAGAGCAAGUCCAAAUCGAAGAGAAGUAAAAACUCUAAAGACAGUGGAAAAAGUUCUGUCAUUGAGGGGGCCAAGAGAGACCCACAGACUCGUCCCCAGGUGGAAAGUGGUGCCGCUAAUGCUCCAGUAGCAACUAAUAACACUGCUUCAUCCAAGGCUACGGAUAAAAGUGCAAAAGCAUCUCGCAGUGUUCCUAGCGGUAAGAAGGAGAAGGAAAGCAAUAGUGGAAAGAACAAGAAGGACAAAGGGGACGUGGCCUUGAGCUUGGCUGAAAAGGAUACUAGUAAUCAGGUGGGGAAUUUGGCAGCAGGGCCAAGAAGUGGCCAGUUUGAAGGAAUUCAGAGUACAGACUCUUCUGUAGCUGAUCAACUUGGGAGCAUAGCCAUUGAUUCAGGGGGAGUCACAACCCCAUUGGGAAUUAAAACUGAAUCGGAGGAACCAGACAAUGAAUGCAGAAGCCUGAAGAAGGUUAAAACAGAAAAGAUGGAGUCUCCCGUAUCUACACCUGCCCCUCCUCCACUGCAUCUCUUGGCAACUGUGGGAAACAGCGACAUCACCUCCUCUUGUGAGCAGAUUAUGGUCCGCACGAGGUCUGUCGCAGUGAAUACUUCAGAUGUUGCCUUGGCAACAGACCCUGAGUGCUUAGGACCCUGUGAACCUGGGACCAGUGUAAACCUUGAAGGCAUUGUUUGGCAGGAAACGGAAGAUGGAAUGCUUGUUGUCAAUGUUACAUGGAGAAACAAGACAUAUGUUGGGACUCUGUUGGACUGUACACGACAUGACUGGGCUCCUCCUAGGUUUUGUGAGUCGCCCACCAGUGACUUGGAGAUGAGGAAUGGCCGUGGGAGAGGAAAAAGAAUACGUCCAAACAGCAACACUCCUGUGAAUGAAAAUAGCAACUCAUCAGACAACAAGGGCAGUAGUAGCAGUAGCAAGACAAGAGCAGGUUCCAACAGCAAGGGCCGCCGUGGAAGUCAGAACUCCUCAGAGCGUCGCACCCCACCCCAUAGUAACACAGAGGAUGUUAAAGCCAGUCCUUCUUCCUCCAACAAGCGCAAGAGCAAGCCAGCCUCUGAUAUGGAGCCAAACUCAAGCUCAGAGGAUACAAAGGGUAGCAAAAGAAUGCGUACCAACUCAAAUAGUGGAGCAGCUCCACCACCCAUUGCACUCAUACCCACCCUAAAGACUGAGCUUCUUCCAUCACCUCUUGAUCGAAAUUGCCCCUCCCCUAUCCUCAUUGACUGUCCUCACCCUAACUGUAAUAAGAAAUACAAGCACAUCAAUGGUCUAAAGUAUCACCAAGCACGUGCUCACAAUGAUGAUGACAUUAAGGUGGAAAUGGAUGGGGACAGUGAGUAUGGGGAAGACUCCACGCUUCACCCAGAGCCCGGGAAUUGCAAUGGGGCAUCUGUUUCACAGAAAGGCUGCCUAUCACCAGCACGUUCUACUACUCCCAAGGGCAAAGCCUUUGAAGGCCCCAGCUUAUCUCCCACGGGAAAGUUUAGCAGCAAGCAACCCAGCAAAAAGAAGUGUUCAGAAGCAGAGCAGGAAGUUGGGCCGAAUCCCAUAGAUAUGUCUGAGGAAGGGCCUUGCCUUUCAGAUGAGGCAAGCAAUGAUGGCAUGGAUGACAAGAAAGGAUCAGAUAAGGAUAAAUCAAAGAAGGCUGGUUUAAGCAGUGCCAAGAACGACAAGGCACCACAGAAAAGCUUGAAAUCUGCCAGACCGAUAGCUCCUGCCAUACCUUCACAGCAACUUUAUACUUUUCAAACUGCUACGUUUACUACGGGAAACUCAGGUUCUUCUCCUGGCAUGACCACCACUGUUGUCCAGGCCAUGCCUAAGAGUCCCCAGCUGAAAGCCAUUCAGCCUAAGCCCACGGUUAUGGGAGAUCCCUCAAGUGUAAACCCAGCACUGAACACAUCAAAGGAAAAGAAGAAAAAGGACAAGAAGAAGAAAGAGGCUUCCAAAGAUGCAGAUAGUCCUAAACCAUUUGGGAAAGGAGGGAAAGCAGAGGAAGGCAAAAGCCCCUACUCAGAGUCCCAUUCCUCUGAUUCUGGAAUUAAGAAUGAUGCACUUUUAAAUGGGUCCUCCGAUCCCCACCAAAGUCGGCUAGCAAGCAUGAAAGCUGAGGCAGACAAAAUCUACAGCUUCACUGACAAUGCUCCUAGCCCUUCCAUUGGUGUUGCUAGCAGAAUGGACAAUGCUGGCUUAGUUCAGCCAAUAGUUCCACUCCACGUAGUGACUCAGAAUGGGGCAGACAAUUCUUCUGUUAAGACGAACAGCCCUGCAUAUUCUGACAUAUCAGAUGCAGGUGAGGAUGGAGAAGGCAAGUUGGACAACGUAAAAGCAAAAGCUGAUGACCAGGUCAUGAAGGAGGGAGCCAAAAAGGCUCUCUUUGCCUCCCAAGCACCAAACAAAGAAUCUCAAUAUUACACUGGUUACGAGACUUACUAUUCUCCAAAUUAUGUCAACCCCAGCCCUGGAGCUUCCAGUUCUAGUACUUCACUGGCUGAAAGUCAACCAAUGAAAAUUAAGAAAGAAGAAGAACAGGAGUCCUCAGAACUGAAAGUGAAAGGAGAGCCUGCUGAAGGAAAGAAACUCGAGAUCAGCACAUCCAGCCAGCAGCAGCAGCAGCAGCAGCAGCAGCAACAACAGCAGCCCUCGGUCAUUCAGCAGCGUUCCAACAUGUACAUGCAUCCUCUGUACUACAACCAGUAUACCUAUGUCCCUCCAUAUGGAUAUGGUGAUCAUAAUCACUUAAUGAGCACUAACUCUGCAUAUAGACAACAAUAUGAGGAGCACCAGAGGCAGCGGCAAGCUUCUGAACAGCACCGGGUAACCGAGAAAAAAACGGACACUGUUAUGAAAGAGAGGGAAACAGUCAUGAGGGAAGACUGGAAGCAGAAAUCUUCUGUUCCCCCAACUCUUUCCAAGACCUCCAGUCUCACAGACUUGAGUAAAUCAGUGUCUUCAGGGAAACCUAAAGAUGCUCCUUCAGAGCCCUCAAAGUCGGUCAUUAUGACCAAGAUGGAUGACUCUAGUAAGAUACAGUCACAGCAAGUCGAAGGACUAAAGAUGAAACUGAAUGAAGGCAGUCAUCACGGGAAGGAGAUGGUGGACACAAAGUCCAGUUUAGAGUGCAAUAGACAGCCUGGGAUGGAUCAUGCAAUGUGGUAUCGACAGGAGCCUGAUGCAAGAAUGUGGCCAUAUAUUUACCCAAACAAGUAUCCAGAGUCUCAAAAGCAACAGCAGCAGGAUGAAGAGCGGUGGAAAGAUGAUAGAGAAAGAAAGAGCAAGGAUGAGAGAGCUCGGGCCAAGGAUCCUGGUCCUAAAGACGACACCAAGGAGAGUUCAGACCCUCGACUAGCUCUUUCUUCCUCAGAGGAUCAUCGAAGUUUGAGCAAGGAUUCCCGGCCCACAGUGCACAUGCAGUUCUCCUCACCCCUUGCUCAGCACCAGUCCUAUAUGCCCUAUAUGCAUGGUUACCCUUACGGGCAGGGCUAUGAUCCUAACCAUCCAGGUUAUCGGGGGAUGCCCUCUGUCAUGAUGCAGAACUACCCAGGUUCCUACCUCGCUUCUGGUUAUUCCUUCUCCCCUUAUGGCACUAAAAUGUCAGGAAGUGAGGAAGGUGAGAAAUCAAGGGCCAGUCCAACAGUCAGUAGUAAGUCCAGUUCAGAAGCCAAGGCUCUGGAUAUCCUCCAGCAGCAUGCCAGCCAGUAUAAAAGCAAGUCUCCAACAGUGAGUGACAAGCAGAUGCAUGAACGGGAACGUGGAAGUAGCACUGGAGAGAGAGAGAGAGAGAUGGACCGGCCACGCUCUUCUCCAUCACAACGUUUGAUAUCCUCACAUCACCACCUUGGAUAUCCGCUGCUUUCAGGACAGUAUGACCUCCCUUAUGCAACAGGUCUCUCCUCCUCAGCAAUUGUGGCCAGUCAGCAGGCAUCAGCACCGUCUUUGUACCCACCAGCGAGGAGGUGAGAAAGGGAGAGGAGUCUGAUACCUCACUGCUGAAACUAGUCAUGUGACUGGAUCACAUGAGGAGAUUGUGGCAUUCAUUUUGACAUCAGUUAAAUGGUGUUUCUAUUUUUUUACGUUUCUGCCGUAAUGUCAGGCAGGUUGUCCUACUUCAGACAUCAUCAUCUUCAUCUUGUUAUGAAACCUGAACUGGGAAAGCCAAGCUCUAGCAUCUGCAUUGACUAUUUCAGAAGUGAUAGCCACUAUGUCUUUCUUUUUUUUUUUUUUUUUUUUAACCUCCAUUGUGGAUAACCUUUAACAGAGAUUCUUUUUGAUAGCAUCUUCACAUGUACAGCAAUGGUUAAAUCACUACUUCUAUAGGAAUAUAUUUGUUAAGAAGUCUGAGCCCUGGUUUAUUUUUUCCCUAGAUUAUCAAAUGCAAUAUAAAUAUUCUGCGGACAAAGUACAGACUGUCCUGGAAUUUCAUUUUUAUGACAGCAAAAAGACAACAUGCAUGGUUGUAUAGAGAUGUUGGACAGCAUUUUUUUUUCUUUUUUUAAUUUUAAUUAUCCCAGAUGACCCUGACAGUACAACCAUAAGGAUUCCUCUUGGCACAGUGCCAGCGUAAUUCUGAAAUAGGACAAAAUAUAUUUUUAUUAAAAUGUAAGUUAUGUUUGAAGA